AUGGAUUUUUACAGCCUCAAUGCGGUCGGAGACUGGACAUACGUCAAAGUAACGGAACACUAUCGUGCGAAACUGCAAAAAGAUCAGAGGCAAGUGCUAGAUUCCAUAAAAAAGGAUCUUCAGAAGGUUGUAUUGGAUUUCGAAUUUGACGAGACAAAGAGAAAAAAAGCUCAAGAAAUUCUUGAUCAAUGGAAGUGCAAGCUGGGUCUCUUAGCCACCAGUUAUGAACUCUUAGUUCGACGCUUAGUGCAAGCUGAGUCUCUUAGCCUAAGGAUAGCUCUUGGCUUGAUAUUAUUAAUUCCGUAUAUAAAAUACUUGAAAAAUUGGACAGUACAAAAACCAAAAUUGGAAUGUUCCAGCACAGCUUCUGACGUACAUUUGCAGGUUAAUAAACUAAACCAACUUAACAACUUGACUGGAGAUUUUGCAACCCAGAACAUCGACAAUCGCCGUGUAAGUUCGAGAAAUCAUCAUUGCGAUGAUCAAGAAGAAAAGAGAAACACCAAACCCACUUCUUCAGUCGAUGGUUCUGUAGGUGAUUUGAAUGGCGACCAAGUUGCUGAAAUUGAUGGAAUUAUUGUAAAUAAGGAAAUAUGGACAAAAGUUAUGGAACGAUUGAAAAAAGAAAAAUUGCGAGUGCAGUCUAUUGAAUCCCGGAUUGUGGAUCUUUCAAAUUGGACGCAAGUCGAAUGGAACAGGAUUCUUAAGGUAUCGGAUUAUUCGCAAUUAUUUAUCAAGUCAAGAAAAAAGCUCUGCAAGGAGAAGAUUGACAAGAAUAUGCAACAAUUGCUACACGAUGAAUCUGGUCGGAUUCGGUCAUUAAACGAUCUAGAAUCAUGGAAAAAUAUAUUUACAAACUUAGCAUCAUCUGAAGAUUCGCGAUUAACUGUUGGAAUAAUCCAUCUCUGUUUACGAAGAGAGAUCAAUGUCCUGAUCAUGCAACAUCGAGAACGGGACUUUAUUGUUAAGAUUCUGGGUCCAAUAAUUGGCAUGCUUUUAGAAGAAUUCGAUAUCGGUACUUUUGAGCUUAACUGGAUCGAAAAGAAGUCUCGUAGUGUUACGAAUCGAAAACGAAAGGCCUCACUACUACCACUUGAAGUGGGAAAUACAGGAGAACCCAUUGAUGAUACCAAAUAUCGAAAGGAUCAUUCAAAACUUAAGGUAGUAAUGAAAGAUUGUUUAGAUACAUUGUGGAGCAAAUUACAUUUCAAAAAGGCAGAACUUGAAGAAGUUUUUAUCAUUGGCACUCAAAUUACUGGCACAAGAUGGACUAUAUACUCUCUCUCUUAUGAUAGUUCUCAAAAUUUUUAUUUUUUCGUUGAGAUGGCAACACUGAUACUUCCAACAACAUUCUCCGAUAUGGAAGAUCUUUUGCCAAGUUUUUUGGAAAAUCUUCUUGCUUUACGGCACACACUAAUAGACCUAGCUACAAAGAUACGAAAAAUCGCUCGAAAACGACUUAAUACACCAUCUCCACAAUCGUCACCAUUACAUGAAACAACAAAUACCCCUGAAGUGAAAAAACAAAAGCAAGAUCCUUUUUGGAUCUUAGAUGAUUUGUAUUGA